AUGGCCGCACCACCCGCAAACCAGACAAACACAACCACCUUUCUCUCCACACACCGCGCCCUUGUCGAAACACUAACCUCUUUCCUGGCCGUCACAACCCACCACAUCCUCUUCCUCCGCCGGCUCUACCCACCAAUAUCCUUCCUCGCCGUGCGCGCAUACAACUACCCCGUCCGCCAAAACCGCCAUCCCGCGGUCUGCACGUGGAUCAACGACGCCAUCUCCGCCGUGCGCGACCAACUCGAAAAAAACACCGUCGAGAAAGUAUCACUAUGCAUCUACGAAUGCGAAACGAACCGCAUCCUCGAACGCUGGACAUUCGAUCUACACUCGCUACCGUCCGUGUCCAAAAAGGAUCGCGACAUCCCCUUUAUCGACAGUACCACCACCACCACCACCACCGAAACUCCCGACGACGCAGACGCAGCGGACCAAUGGCCGCCUGCUCUGACUCGCAGCCUGAACACCGCCGACCUGGAAGCCAACUUCCGCGCGACACUCUCGCGGAUCAGCACUGCCGCCGCCAAACUCCGACCACUGCCCGAGGGCCCAGGCGCGCCAGAGUGCAGUUUCACCUUGGCCAUCGAGGUCAAAGACAACGCCGACCGUCCGGUCGGACGCCUUGAGAAGGACGAGCGGAGAUGGAUGGCGGCCGAGCCGGACUCGUUCGUCCACAACAACAACACCCCGGAGGCUUCCGGGCCAGCAUCCAACAAGCGUCCGCCGACCAAAGACACCACCGACCCUACCCCUACCACUAGCUCUUCACCCAAAACCCACGCCGUCCGCCGCCUUGAAACCGGCGAGCUGCGCAUGGAAGUCUGGGUCGAAGAGUCCGCCGCGAAAUUCGAGUAUGACGCCCAGGCUCCUCCUCCUCAGUCCGGACACGCCACGGCGGCUGAGCGGCGCGCCAAAAUGUCCUACGGCGCGGGCACCGAGAAAUUCAAUCCAGGACAACGCGAGUACGACAUCGAGCCGGCAGAUGUGAAUCGCAAACCUCAGGGUGGCGCGACGACGGAUUACCAGCGUGCGCGAUGA